ACUCCCACGUGACUCGUUAGAAUAGGGUGAGGUGCAAACAGUACAAACUCAGGAGCGGGAAACAUCCGACCAAGAUCCGGAAACGCCGAAAAGCGCGCGACGACGUCCUCCCAUUCCACCUCUGCACCAGCCCCCGUUUUGAAAUUCUCGGGCGUAACACCCACGAUCCGUGAUGAGCCAUCAAUCUCCAGUUCCGGACGACGAGUUCCGGCAGUUGUUGCGGCAGCGCUUCCGACGACAGAGGAAUCGCACUAGCUGCUAUCCUUGCCGAACGAGAAAGGUCAAAUGUGAUAGAGAGCAGCCUUGCGCGAACUGUGCUGCAAGAGGCUAUCCUGAGCUAUGUACACUCACUCCGCGGUCCGGUCAGAGUACAAGGGGCACUCCCGCUGUUGCCCAGUCAGUUCUCAGUUUUGACACGCCCGCUUCAGAAAAGCAGAGGAUUGACGAAGUCGACCAAUCUUCACUGAGCGUUAGCACUGUCGAUAACAGUCCUAUAGCUAGCCACAGCCGCAACUCGAAUAGUCAUGUUGAAUCAAAUCUAGAAAUAUCGCAGUCUGCGCACCACGAAUAUCCCCAGACCGGUGAGCUGGGUAAUCACCAGACAGAAAGACAUUCACAAGCCCCGUUCUUGGGCCCAAAUUCCAUGCUUGCCUUUAUUCAAGAGCAAUCAACCUUGGGUCCCAAUUCUGGUACCAACGUAUCCGAAGGAAGCUUUCGGGAUGCAAUGAUGCCAAUCUUGGGAUUGCAAGAGACUGGCGCAACCUAUCCGUUCCUGCCCCCAAGUAUGGACUUCAUCCCAGACCAAGCACUGCCAGAAGAUCGCGAGGUCGUCAGACUCUUUGAAAUUUAUCGAAGUCAAGUACAUUCAUACACACCGAUCAUCAGCGACAUCGAAGAGCUUGAAGUUAAAAUUUGUACAUAUCUUGAAGAGCGCCGCUGUCGCAAACGGAAGCAGCAACAACCGGCACAUGACCGGCACAUGAUGUGGUUCGGGCUUGUCUUUGCCGUACUUGCUUCUGCCUGUCAAUUCUCUGAGGCGACAUAUGCGACGCGUCAGCAGAGAAGUCAAGCCUACGUUCGUGUCUCAUUUCAAGCUCUUCGCUUAGCCAACCUUCUUCUACGACCUUCCACCACUUGCGUUGAAGCCCUUCUAAUCCUUGGAAAUGUUCUGCAAAAUAACAUGCAGCCAGAGGCUGCGUGGAUGUUGCUAGGUAUGACUGUACGCAUGGCGCAAAGCUUAGGUCUGCAUCAGUACAAAAGCCAUCACUCCCUUCACUCAGGUAUCAACAGCGCCAAUCAAAAGCUAUGGCUCGCAGCUGUGUGGCAUGAUACUCUACUUUCUCUUUGCUUUGACCGCCCUUCGAUGACAGCGCAAAUUAUUCUCGAUGCCCCAUCGACCGUCGCCGUUUCAUACGCUGAGUCUAUGUACAAGCUGUGCGAUGUAACUUUGCGAGGCAUCAACUCUCAAAAUUCACAAAUCCUAGAUUUCAAUACUGUAUUGUCAUCCGUUGCACGAGUGGAAAGCCUUCAACAUCAGAUCCCCGGAUACCUCAGGUCAGUAUCGCAGUGCUUCAACUUCAAACAGCGCUGCGAACAUUCGGCGUUCCGGCUGCAUACUACGUUCCUAAUCGCAUGGCUUUGUCGUCCGGCUCUUCGUACCGGGGCAGCUACUGAAAUCAAUGCACACAUCCAGCCAGAAGUCGCAGAGAAGUGUAAGCAGAACUUAAUUGAAAGCGUGCGAGCAUUUUUGCAGCUACACUCCUUGAGCAUUGUAGCAUUACGAUCAUGGGCCAUGCUCCACAACGGUCUGAGUUCGGCCUUGUUAUUGGCGCUCAUUGGAGCAAAUCGCUGCUAUCCAGAGGUGGAUCAGCUGCACGACGAGGUUCUAGAAAUGUUCACCACGGAUUCAUCGGAGAGGAAUGGUGAAUCCGAGGGUAGCCUUAGAUUGUCCAAGUCUCACGCUCGUGCAAUCUCCGUGCUCGAAAGCUUACGCAAGUCAAGGCUUGCUAGUGAGCGACCUGCGUCUAGAAUGGUCGUAUCGAGCGCAUCGACAGAGCCUAGAAAUGGCACUGAGGAUAUGAAUUUCUCUCCGGUCGAUGCUACUACACAGGCUCUAGCUUCUUUGAAUGAUUUAGACGCCUCAAUGGACUGGUCUGAAAUGUCGCCAUUGGAGCUUUUUGACACUAUACUGUCGGAUGGCCACCAAUGGCCAAACGACGAAUUUUACGCACUAUAAGCCGUAAGAUUGGAUGUGAUGAGUUGGGAUUCAUCGAGCCAAGACGCACCCCCUUUUGCCUUGGCUUUUGACUUGCUAUUGCAACUCAAACGCAGGGCUUUGGGGUUGA